AGAAGAAACUAAGGAGCUAGCUCGGACCUGUGCCUGCCCAGACCCUGUGGUCAGGGAGACCGUGCUACCCUGAUCACACUCUUACUGAAGACGGCCCCUCGGAUCAGCUAUGAUCCCUAAGCUGCUUUCCCUCCUCUGCUUCAGGUUGUGUGUUGGGCAAAUAGACAGACUUGACAAUGGACCACGCCUCAAGCCCAGCCUCAGCGCCUGGCCCAGCUCAGUGGUUGCUCUCAGGAGCAGCGUGACCCUGCAAUGUAUAAGUCCUACCCCUUGUUUAUACUUUAUUCUCAAAAAGGAAGGUGUUGUUUUGAAAUCCAGCAAGCCAGAUGAUUUGGGAGAGAAGACAGCUGACUUUCACAUCACUGAGUUACAGCAGCGUGAUGCAGGAUUCUACACCUGUGAAUAUUACAGAAAACAUCGCUUAGCCAGAGUGUCACCAGCCAGUGAUGGCCUUCUCUUACUGGUCACAGGAUACUUACCUAAACCCUCCCUCCAAGCCCACCUCUGGAGUACAGUGACCACGGGAGGGAAGGUGACUCUGCGGUGCCAGAAUAUAACCAAUGUGUCAGGAUCGGUGAUGUUCGCUCUGCUGAAGGUGGGAAGUGCAUGGCCUGUGCAGACCAGGAAAGCGGCAGGACUCCAGUUAGACUUCUCUCUUCAGAAUGUGACUGCCAGAGACUCUGGAAGAUACAGCUGUGUGUACUACCUAGAAAGGAUUCCCUUCUUUGCCUCAGGCCCCAGUGACCCCCUUGAGAUCUCUGUGACAGAUCCCCCAUGUACCAAGUCUGAAGGCUACACCAUGGGAAACCUCAUUCGGUUGGGAAUGGCUGCUGUAGUCGUGCUGAUGGUGGGGAUCUUCCUGGUUGAAGCCUGGUAUAGUCGGAGAGUGUCUCCAAGCAGACCCAGUGCCCCAGGGGAACGAUGAAUCCUUGAUCAAACUGGACCAGAAUGAUCCUCAUGCAUUUUCUUUGCCUCCUUGACAACCACUCUUUGAGAGCCACUUAGAGGAGGGAAGAUGGCUGCCUCUUCCUGCCUCUUUACUGGGGACAGAGGAUAGGUCUGGGCACAAAUGCUCACCUGACUGGUUGCUAUUUUGAUAAUUAUUUUUUGUUUUGUUUUGUUUUGUUUUGUUUUUGAGACAGGGUCUCCCUGUAGCC